AUGGCUUCUUCUUCUUCGCCCAUUAACUCUAUCUUCAACGUCUUCCAGUUCCACAAGGUCGACCGGAACAUCUACGACAAGCUGAUCGCCCAUGGCACCGAGCCCGGCGUCGCCCGCAACGUCGUCGCCCUGUUCAUAUGGCUCGACACCAUCGGCCUCGACGUCCUCUCCUACCUCGACGUCCACGCCAGCAACUCCUUCGCCUUCUUCCGCCUCGUGGCCGAGGCAGAGUCCGUGCUCGACUGCCUCCGCUGCGACGCCCCUCCGCGGGACUUCGCCCUCGCCAUCCCCGUCAUCGCCUCUCUCUCCGACCAGCCCAUCGACCUCGGUUUCUUCUACUUCAACCGCCACGACGCCGCCAAGCGCAUAGCCGGAGUCCUGGACGGCGCCGGCAGGGUCUUCUUCGACGACACUCUCUACUCGUCCUUCCUCCGGUACGAGGCGGCCUGUCGGCGGAACUCCGCGCCGCUGCCGGAGGAGCUGGCGAGGACAUACGAGCUCGGCGCCACGGCCACGACAUCGGAGGACCAGCGCUCCCUGUUCCUCACUUUUUCAAAAGGAUUUCCGUUAACAAAGGAGGAGAUCGAAGCAUACUUCAGAGAGAAGUGGGGGGAUUGCGUAGAGAAAGUGGCGGUGCAGAGGCCGGCGGCGGGGUCGCCGGUCGGACCGCUGUAUGGGAAGGUGGUGUUCACACGAGACGGCUACGCCGGGCUGGUGCUCAACGAUACAAAGGUGUACAAGUUCGCCAUCAACGGCAAACAAGUGUGGGCCCGCCAGUUUGAGCAGAAGAGGAGCAGGAACUAA